AUGCUGCUGACAUCGUCUUCAACAUCACGUGCGAUCUUUGCUGCCAUCGUCAAAAACAUCAGCUAUGCAACAUCCCAAACACCAUCAGGACAUGGAUCAUCUUCUUUCCAUGUCGCACCACUACAUCUUAUGGACGCCCCUUCCAUUAACAUAGAUGAGGAUGAUUUCUUUUCCCAUCAUACUAGUGAACAUUUUACUCAACCGCCACCUUCUGCUGCUUCACCUUCUGCUGCUUCACCUUCUGCUGAUUCACCUUCUGCUGCUUCACUUUCUGGUAACCCCAACAAAAGGGCUAAACACUCAACUCCUAGACCUCAAGCUUCUAGUGCCUCACCUGAUCUACCUUCUUGUGCCUCACCUAAAUCUUCUAUUACUGUUGAUGAUUUAGCACUAGAGAUGCAAAAAGCUCUACGCCAUUUGACUCAAGGGCCAAUAAUUCCCUAA